AGGAAACGGAGAUAGCACCGAAAGACACGAUACAGGUCAGACCGCCUGAACCUGAAACACUCGCGUCAACUUCACCAUGAUGCGUGUGAGAGUGUUGCUGACCCUGGUGCUGAUAGCAGAUCUAGUGUGGCAGUUUGAGGCAAAGCCCACACUCGCGUGUAGCUUCCCUCCUGUGUGUAAGGGUUGCGAGCGGACAGACUGUGUACCCCCGUUUUACAAGGGGAAGAUCUGCAGGCUCACGUGUCGGAACAGCCACAGACAGGAGUCAGGUAAUACCAGCAGGACCUGUGAUGGCCACGAGUGGUCUGGAAAAGCGCUGGAAUGCAAGGAUCUCAGAUGUGAGUAUCCGGAGGAUUAUGACACGGAGGGCACCUCGCGAGAAGGAUGUAUGCCGCCUUACCACAACGGAGAGACCUGCACCUACACGUGCAAGGAAGGUUUCUCUAGAGCGGACGGAGACUACAGCAUCACCUGCGAGGAAGGUAAAUGGUCUGGGGAACCGCUGGAGUGCGAUGCUGCAGUGGCGAGGUUGAUGAGUUUUAUUAUGAUGGCUGAUGAGAAUAAGGACAAGAUCACAGCUUUAGGGCUCCAGGAAGAAUAGUGAUACUACAUUUAGUAGUAUCAUGGAGAUCCAAAUAAAACAAACAAACAAACAAACAAACAAACAGCAGGAGAAUCUAGCAGUACAGUCGAUUGGUAACCACUGUGGCAUCAAUGUGGCUUUAAGAUUUUGGCAAGGUCCAAUUCAUGAUUGCGAAGAAAUAACAAAAGAGGAUAGUCACCACUGUGUUACAAAGUCUAAUACAACAGUUAAAACAAUAUCCACGGCAAUAUUCCAGAGACUCGCACUCGGAAUGUAAUAAAACAAAGACAACCCAAUUAAUUGUAUUGGUGCUGUUUUGUUACUUGUGUAUUUUUGCAAGGCUUCUUUUUAUGCUGUCUUUCGAUACUGUGCUUUAGAUAUACGUCUCACACAAAAUCCUGAUAUCAAUUUAUGCCUAAUCUUAAAUAUAAAAUCAAUGGAUGAUUUCAAAAAUCAUAUUAGCCGUGGAUCAAGUGCUAAGCGACUAAAACUCGUAGCGAUACAAAUUCAUUUAAUCAUGAUGCACAAGUUCAUGAUACUUUUUAUACCAAGCAUAUAUUCAGAAAUCUAUGUCUGAUUUGCCAAAAAUAGAUUAUUUGCAUCUAAGAUAACGAACGAGUGGUUUAAUUGAUGUACAUGUAUUUUACUUUAUAUCAAGUUCAUGAAUUGUGACAGUAGCAUCUAUGCCAGAAUGUUUGUUACACAAUCUUCUGAAACAAAAAUACGUCUAUUAAAGGAUUUACUGUUUAUCAUUA